AUGCGGCUGACUGACCUCGAUGCGCGUCUGCAGAAACUCCGCGAUUGGUACACACGCAAGACCCCCGUCGAACUAUGGCUCGAACUCCUACGCCAUGCCGAAGCCUUUGAAGAUUGGGAAGAAGCUGCCCUGCAUCUAGAUAACUUGCUUGGACUGGACUUAUGGAGAAACAACCCGACGUCCAAGUUCUACGACUACCGCCUCAUCAACGAGCGCCUCAACUCGUUGAUUACCGCAAGAGAGGACGGCAAUCUUAACAAGCUGGUCAACCUCCUCCGCUCCGGCCUGAUCCGAAACCUCGGCAACAUCACUGCGCCGACCCUAUACAACCGGUCCUUUGCCGGCACAAAAUACUUGAUCGAAGAAUACAUCACCCAAAUCGCUGAGGCAGUCGAGGACAUUACACAUCUGCCAACAACCCCAGGCUCCGACCACCAUGGAGCUCCCGUCGGGUUGACAAAUCAGAUGAAGUUAGAUUUCAUCCAUGACACUCGACAGGCUUUUGGAAGAAGCACACUUGUUCUCCAGGGCGGUGCCAUAUUCGGAGUCUGCCACCUCGGUGUCGUCAAGGCGCUAUUUCUGCGAGGCCUGCUCCCGCGGAUUAUUACCGGGACCGCGACGGGUGCUCUCAUUGCCGCCUUGGUGGCCAUCCACACCGAGGAAGAGCUCCCCAAUGUACUCAAAGGAGAGGGCAUCGACCUGUCGGCGUUUUCCGGCAAGUCGAGAGCCGAAAAGGGUCUGCAAAAGGACCAAUCCUACGCCACGAGGUGGAAUACCCUUUUGAGAAGACUGAAGAGAUUCUCCCGUGAGGGCUACUUUCUCGACGUCAAGGUUUUGGAGGACUGCGUGCGAGCCAAUGUGGGCGACUUGACUUUUGAAGAGGCAUAUAACCGAAGCAAGAGAGUCCUGAACAUCACUGUUGCUACUGCCGACCAGGGGGGCGUUCCGACACUGCUCAACUACCUGACGGCGCCGAAUGUGCUUAUAUGGACUGCCGCAGUGGCUUCGAACGCAUCCACUGCCAGUCUCUAUGGUCACCGAGAGACAACGGUGCUUUGCAAAGAUGCACACGGGAACAUCGUCCCUUGGGCACCGGCGAAUACCAUCGACUUUCACCAUUGGACGCACGUUUCAUAUUCAGAACGCGAGUCACCACUCCUCCGUAUAGCCGAGCUCUUCAACGUAAACCAUUUCAUUGUCAGCCAGGCUCGACCGUACCUCAUUCCCUUUUUGCAAAGCGACAUGCACGGUCCGUCACUCAUGGAGUCGCGUAACAGCACGACGUCAAUUACGGCUUUCAUGGCCCGCAUGGUGGGCUUGGAGAUCAGGCAUCGCCUGCGCCAGCUUGACACGCUGCGUCUCCUCCCGGCGGGUAUACGUCGCUUCCUUGUCGACGAACAAGUACCAGGGGCUUCGAUGACGCUAGUCCCCGAAGUGACGGCAGGUGACUUUGUGCGCUUGCUCGAGACCCCAACGAGAGAGACGCUGGAUUAUUGGAUCUCAAGGGGCGAGCGGAGUGUCUGGCCCGCCGUUGCCGCGCUUCGGAUUCGUUGUGCCGUUGAGAACGAGCUGGACAGGUCGUAUCAGACCGUCCGUCGAUUGAAGGCGGGUGGUCUCCGGAGGAAAGGUUCAACGGCAGCGGCAGCAACUAUGGAUAAUAGCAACAAGGAUCGGAGGGCGAGCAGUAUGGGGGCCGCAUAUUGA